GGUGUUUUCAGUGUAGGCUGUGAGGACUGUCGCUUACUGAGGGAAAUUCAUCUGUUUAUGAUGGUCAGGAGUUCACAAUCAAGGCUUUAUGACUUGUUUACAUGUUUGAAAUAAAUCAGUGCACGGGCUUUGGAAUUACAAGGUCGACGUCACCUUGAUCAGACCCAAUCAGCGUUCAGCAUCAUUCACCUGUACGCGUCAACAGGAAAGAAGAGAGAGAGAGAGAGAGAGAGAGAAAAAACGUCUGUCAAAUUUCUGUCAAACUUGGACAAGCCGAAGUGAAGGGAGCAUCAUCUCUUCCCCGCUUCUUUGGCCAUGAAUAUUUAACUGUCUGCUCAGACUGACGGACUGACCUCACAUUGGGAAUAUUCUGAGGAUGAGGAUGAUGAAGAUGAAUGCUGCUCUGCUGCAGAUGCUCGCGCUGUGUCUCGCGCUCCGUUCACCUGCGCGCGCUCAGACAGAGGAAGGUAAACAUGAAGUGUGUACAGGCACGCAGAACUCGCUGAGUGUGACAGGAAGCUCUGAGGUCCAGUACAAGCUCAUGAAGGAGAUGUACACGGGCUGCAAGAUUGUCAUAGGAAACCUGGAGAUCACACAGAUGGAGCACAACCGCGAUUUGUCAUUCCUACAGUCUAUCCGUGAAGUAACGGGCUACAUCCUCAUCGCCAUAAACCAGUUCAGACGUUUACCGCUGGAACAGCUGCGAGUCAUCCGAGGGACGUCUCUGUACGAAGAUCGCUUCGCUCUCGCCAUCCUCGUCAACUAUCAGAAAGACGGAGUGUACGGACUAAAGGAGCUGGGCCUCACACACUUGACAGAGAUCCUGGAGGGUGGAGUGCAGAUCAUCCAGAAUAAAUUCUUGAGCUAUGCACCGCAGAUUAACUGGCUAGACAUUGUGAAAGACAGUGGGGCAGAAAUCAUCAUCGAAGACAAUGGACCAGAAUUUCCCUGUCAUGGGUCUUGUGGGGGUCGGUGUUGGGGUCCAGGAAAUGACUCUUGUCAAAUCUUGACUAAGACAGUGUGCGCACCACAGUGCAAUGGCCGCUGUUUCGGCCGCAGCCCGAGCGAGUGUUGUCACAUAGAGUGUGCCGGGGGCUGCACCGGGCCGCUCGACACCAACUGCUUUGCCUGCAGAAAUUUUAACAACUCGGGGUCAUGUGUGCCGCAGUGUCCACAGGCUCUCAUCUAUAAUAAAGUGACGUUCAAAUUGGAACCAAAUCCUAAUGCAAAAUACCAAUAUGGCACAAUAUGUGUAUCACAUUGUCCUACUAACUUUGUUGUAGACGGCAGUUCGUGUGUAAGCAGCUGUCCGGCAGACAAGAUGGAGGUGGAUAAAAAAGGGGUGAAAAGAUGUGAGCCGUGUGGGGGUCUCUGUCCGAAAGCAUGUGUUGGCACUGGUACACCUUCCAGACAGACCGUAGACUCUCAGAACAUCGACAGCUUCAUAAACUGCACUAAGAUUCAGGGCAGCCUGCAUUUCCUUGUAACAGGAAUUAGAGGAGACCGUUACAAUAAUAUUAGUGCUCUCAAUCCAAAGAAACUGAAGAUCUUCAACACUGUCAGAGAAAUCACAGACAUUCUGAGUAUUCAGUCUUGGCCUGAAGAGCUGGAAGAUCUUUCUGUCUUCUCAAAUCUAGCAACAAUACAGGGAAGAACUCUGUACAGAGGAAUAAGCAGUAAGAGGGGUUACUCGCUUUUGGUGAUGAAGAUUCCUACGUUGAAGUCCCUGGGUCUUCGCUCACUGAAACGGAUCGGUGACGGAGGCAUCUACAUCACUGGAAACAAGCAGCUCUGUUAUCACCACACUGUGAACUGGACACGUCUGUUCGGGAGCAGCCCUCGGCGCCGCCAGAAACCCCUCGACAUCAAAGACAACCACCCACAAGAGCAGUGCAUUGAAGAAGGGCAUGUGUGUGAUCCCCUGUGUUCAUCUGAGGGCUGCUGGGGUCCGGGACCCAAUCAGUGUGUGUCUUGUAAGAACUACAGCAGAGGAGGGACAUGUGUACCACAAUGCAACUUCCUGUCAGGUGAAAAACGCGAGUUUGCCGGACCUAAAAGAGAGUGUAUGCCGUGUCACCAGGAGUGUGCAGUACAGGACGGCAAACACACCUGCACAGGACCGGGUGCUGACGAGUGUGCAGCCUGUGCGCAUUUGCAGGACGGGCCGUACUGUGUGUCCUCAUGUCCAGAGGGGGUUCAGGGGGAGAACGGGCUCAUCAUUUAUAAGUUCUCCAACAGCCAGCACAAAUGCCAACCGUGCUAUGCCAACUGCACCCUGGGAUGUUUGGGUCCAGGUCAGAAUGACUGUGUGGAUCCGUCCAGGUCAGAUGCUGGGUUGCCUGUGACAGCAAUAGUGCUGAGCGUUAUAUUCGGGGUGCUGCUCGCAUUCUCAGUGUUUGUGCUGAGCGUUCUGUAUCGCAGAAGUGUCGCCAUCCGCAGAAAACGUGCCAUGAGGAGAUAUCUGCAGAGUGGGGAGAGUUUCGAACCACUGGAUCCUGGAGAAAAAGGCGUGAAAGUUCAUGCACGGAUUCUGAGGGGGUCUGAGCUACGGAAGAUCAAACCUCUCGGCUCUGGAGUGUUCGGCACUGUGCACAAGGGGGUUUGGAUACCAGAGGGAGACACGGUAAAGAUUCCAGUGGCUAUCAAGACUAUUCAAGACCGUACAGGACGACAGACCUUUCAGGAAAUUACAGAUCAUAUGUUGGGUAUGGGGAGCCUGGACCACCCGUAUAUAGUCCGGCUCUUAGGCAUCUGUCCCGGGCCCAGUCUGCAGCUGGUCACUCAGCUCAGCCCACAGGGGUCUUUGCUGGAGCACAUCCGGCAGCGCAGAGAGAGCCUCAACCCUCAGAGACUGCUCAACUGGUGUGUGCAGAUUGCCAAGGGUAUGUACUAUCUAGAGGAGCAGCGAAUGGUCCACAGGAACCUGGCUGCCCGCAACAUCCUGCUCAAGAGCGACUUUAUGGUUCAAAUAGCUGAUUAUGGCAUCGCUGACCUCCUCUACCCUGAUGACAAGAAAUACUUCUUCAAUGAAAUUAAUACGCCAAUUAAGUGGAUGGCGCUGGAAAGCAUCUUGUUCCGCAGAUACACACACCAGAGUGAUGUAUGGAGCUAUGGUGUGACAGUCUGGGAAAUGAUGUCAUAUGGGGCGGAGCCUUACUCUGCUAUGCGACCACAAGAAGUACCUGAUCUGUUAGAGAAAGGGGAACGCCUCUCUCAACCUCAGAUCUGCACCAUUGAUGUCUACAUGGUCAUGGUCAAAUGUUGGAUGAUUGAUGAAAAUGUUCGGCCAACUUUUAAAGAGCUAGCCAAUGAGUUCACCCGAAUGGCCAGAGACCCCUCCCGAUAUCUCGUCAUCAAAGAGGAGUACAGAGCUCCUGACGCGGCCUCAGAAGAGUCCCAUCAGAGAGGAACUGAGAUGGACAUUCUAGGGGUGGCGCUGGAGGACCAGGAAGAUGAAGUCUUGGAAGAUACCACAGACAUGCCACGCUACAUAACGCCAUCUAGGAGUUUCUCUAGACUGCGUAUAGAUUCUCAUCGGUCAAGUCUUACUCCGUCCAAUGUUGCUGGAUAUCUACCAAUGACGCCUGGUCUGGAGAGCUCAGCACAGACGGGAUGGGCCUCUCGGUCCCGUCUCGACUCUGGAUGCACAGUUUCUGAGAGCUCGGAGGGACAGGGAACUGCGGUGGAGCUGGAAAUGAACGAGGACUUCUCAUUGGUUGGCAGCAUGAGGAGGGUCACACAUCGUGAGGACAGCGCUUACAUGUCACAGCGGGACAGCCUAUCAGGACCUCCCGAAACAACCUCCACAGGGACUCAAGGAGAAGAGGACCAAAAUGGAUACGUGCUGCCUGGAUUCGGUGAAAGUCCAGAGAAAGAAACUCUUCUAUUCACAUCGUCACGUGCAAAACGUUCUCAGAGGAGACUCUCAAGAGGCCACUCCGGCGACUGUUUGGAGGCCCACAGUGUUGCAGGUGAAGAAUACGAGUAUAUGAACAACCAGACCCUCUCUCUCGGGCAUAUACCAGGGCAGCUUAAAGAUUACAAUCAGCCACGCAACCGCAGCGCCUCCUUCAACCCUGCCGGCUUGUACAGCAAUCACAAAUCUCUAGCGUCUAGCAGACCCAGUAAGAGAUCGUCGAUCGAGGGCUCCGAAAGUAGCGGUGGUCUCUCCCAGUCCUCGACUGACCAAAGGAAUCACAGCGACGGUGAUUUGCUGUCCAGUGAAGCAGAGUACACAGACGGCGAUCUGGAUCUCCACGAGGUUCAGUACGAGUACAUGGACAUCCGUGGUGGUGCAGGACCACCAUCCAACAUGGUACUCAAACUUCACCUCCCAAGACCGGUUUCCCAUCCUCCUCUCAGAAGAUCGCCACAAGACGAUGAAGACGAAUACGUGGAGGAAGACUAUCAGUACACUAACCGCCAGCCGUAUGAAUAUGAGGAUAUGGACUCAUUGGCUGCAGGUGGAGCAUCUGCAGCUGAAUAUCAGAAUCUGGAGGGAGAAGAUGAGGAGAGUGUUGGGCUGACGGAUGAACCCCGGAGACCGGGGCCGGAAGAAUAUUUAAAAGUUCAUGCAGGGAUGGAACGUAAAGCUUUUGAUAACCCUGACUAUUGGCACAGCAGGUCGUUUCAUAAAACCAACGCUGUCCGCACGUAGACAUGGAGAACGGCGUGAAGGAACUUGAUGCAAAUGUCUUCCGUCUUCAGUGACCAAUGUUCAGGAUAUUAUUCAAUAAUGCACUUCUGAAAAACUUUUGCAAUCUUGACAAAAUACAGGUAAAUGUAUUUUGUUGUAAAAUGUAUUUUUAAUGUAAAAAAAUGUGGCAUUAUGGUAGAAAUAUAUUGAAACAAGAGCAGCUUUGUUCUUUUAAUAUGGUGGAGGUGCCAGAAUGACCAGAUUCAUGAGCUACACUUUGAUUGCACUGAUAUUUACAUCUGGAUAUGUAUGUAUGUUAAGUGUGUGGUUACUUAAAAUGUUCUGUUUAUGCCAAGUUUGUUGUACUCAUCAAGUGAAGCCAUAAGUUUGUGCAUUUAUGAGUGAGUGUUCAUCUUAAAUAUCUGUUAUUUAGUGUGUUCGUGAAGUGCCCAAUUCAGUCAGCAGCUGCCAAACCACUGUGCAUCUGUUCAGACUGCACUUGAAUGAUUUCACAAUUUAAGUGCAAUUUUCAAAAUACGUCUAAUCUGAGGUAUUUGGAAUUUAUAAAAUGAUGAUGUCAGUUGAAUAGCAUGAUGAUUGAAUUGGGGUAAAGUUGUUUUUCUAUGAGGAGUUUGUUGUGCAUGCCUUCUGAACAAAUCAUAAUGAAGUACUUGUUGUUAUGUUUCAAAUGAAAUGGCCAGUAAACAAGCUUUUAUGACAAAACUAUAGUUUUGUACACACAUAUCAAACUGAAGUAUUUUCUCUACUU